AUGCAUGUUUUCCCUCCCCCUUGGUCAAGAAAAACCCCCCGGGUGUUCCUGGUGGGGCAGGAAGUGAGACUCUCUCAAGCCCAUAUACUCAAGCGGGGGUUUGCUAUAUGGGCAACAUUUGCAUCAGAGAGGAACAAAGAUUUAUAUGCCACAGCUCUUGAAUUCAGACUCUUAAGACAACAUGGUUAUAAUAUCUCAUUAGAUGUGUUUAACGAGUUUCUAGAUAACAAGGGCAAUUUCCAUUCUGACCUUUCGAUUGAUAUCAAGGGGAUGCUCUCAUUGUAUGAAGCUUCAUUUUACUCAAUGGAAGGUGAAACAAUAUUGGACGCAGCCAAGGAUUUCAGCUCAAAAUGUCUUAAAGAAUUUGUGAUGGACAAAACCAACGUGGACAAUGAAAUAUCACUCUUAGUUAAUCAUGCCCUAGAGCUUCCACUGCAUUGGAGGAUAACGAGAUUGGAAAACCAUUGGUUCAUAAAUGUUUAUGAAAGAAGACCAAAUAUGAUCCCUACUUUGCUCAAGCUUGCUAAAUUGGAUUUCAACAUGGUACAAGCCAUCCACCAAGAAGAUUUGAAACAUGCAUCAAGAUGGUGGGAAAGAAUUGGAUUCCGAGAAAGGCUGAGUUUCGCGAGGGAUAGGUUGGUGGAAAACUUCUUUUGGACCAUAGGUUUUGCUCAUGAACCACAGCUUGGAUAUUUUCGAAGAGUGAUGACGAAGAUUAAUGCACUCAUAACAACAAUCGAUGAUGUUUAUGAUGUUUAUGGCACUUUGGAAGAACUGAAACGUUUCACAGAAGUGGUUGACAGAUGGGAUAUAAAUGCUAUGGAUAAUCUUCCAGACUACAUGAAAAUAUGCUUCCUUGGACUCUAUAACACGGUCAAUGAAGUUGCUUUUGACUUCCUUAAAGAAAAUGAGCGCAACAUUAUUCCACAUUUUACGAAAGGGUGGGCUGAUCUUUGUAAAUCCUAUCUGGUUGAGGCAAAAUGGAAGUAUUGUGGGUAUCAACCAAGCUUUGAUGAGUACCUAGAAAAUGCAAGGGUUUCAAUAAGUGGAUCAAUCCUACUUGUUCAUGCAUAUUUUUCACUUCCUAAUUCAAAAAAUAAAGAUGACAUGGUUUGCUUAGAAGAAUAUGCUAAAAUUAUUCAUUCUUCCACAAUUAUUUCACGCCUUGUCGAUGACUUGGGAACAUCUAAGCGUGAAAAGGAGACUGGGGAUAUUCCUAAAUCAAUUGAGUGUUAUAUGAAUGAAACUGGAUCUUCUGAAGCAGAUGCUCGUAAGUAUAUAAAUUCCAUUAUUUUUGAAACUUGGAAGAAGAUGAAUAAGGAAGCCAGCAAUUCUUCUUAUUCGAAUAGUUUCAUUCAAGUUGCUAUGAACUUUGGAAGAAUGUCGUUGUGCAUGUACCAGCAUGGAGAUGGCCAUACUAUUCAAGAUCCAGAAACCAUGAGUCGUAUAAUUUCUUUACUUUUCCAGCCUGUCAUGUGA